AUGCCGACAACAAAAUCCCCAGCCGCAAACCCAACCAUCACACCCGACCCAUCUCAGAACGGCUCCACUAUCCGCAAAGCCUUUCUCCUCGAAGCCUUCGCCAACCUCUUCACCAUCCCGCUGAUAACAAACACGCGCUGGACGCUCUCCCUGCUCCUCAACAAUCCCUCCCGCGAUAUCAAUCCUACUUCGGUCCUGUUUGCUCGUCUGUGCGGAGGCCUGAUCGUAGGCGGCUUAACAUCCGCUUUACUCGCCGGCGCAACCAAUACGCGCAAUGGGAUCGAGAGCCGACGACCUACAUACAUGCUCUUGGGGCUUGGGGAGGCGGCUUUGAUCCCAAUGAUCGUGUUGGAUCUGUUGGAGGGAGGGGGGCCGGGUGCGGCGCUGAGUAAGAAGGUUGCUGCUGUCAGUGUGGCGUGUUUGGUGCCGCCGCUUUUGUGGAGGUUGUACGUACUUUUCGUGAGGCCGGAUUUGCUCGGUCGGUACACGGAGGAGAAGACGGGUAACGGUGGUGCGAGGAGGAGAGACGGAUAUGGUACUAUUAAUACCCGGGAAGACUGA